AUGACGUUCCAAUCGCCACCGCCUCAUGGCCGAAGCAAUUCAGACAGCUCCAAUGCGUUGACUACACCCUAUGCAGCCCGUCCGCGCAAACGGACUGCUCAUGCAUGUGACGCUUGCCGUCUGAGAAAAUCCAGAUGUGAUGGCCGGCAGCCAUGCUCUUGGUGCACCGAAAACGAUGUUGAUUGCUUUUAUGGGCACCAGCAGCCAACAAAUUUAAAUCAAGGCAAGAGCGACAAAAUCCUCGAGACUGUCUUGCGUAUGGAUGGCCUUCUACGGAGUAUCCAUGAGAAUCUGGCACUAUUUGCCCCCGCUCAUAAGCAGAGUGAUCGUCACCGAACUGCAUCAAUCUCCACACCUCGAUUCAAUUCCAGUUUGAGCCCAUCAUCCUCAGACAACGACUUUGCCAAAGUUGCUAAUGCAACUAUCCCCUCAACACAUAUCAGUGCCACAGAAGAUCUUCUCAAUUCUUCCGUGGCCGCGCCGUUUCCCUCCCUUCGUGCUCAGUUCAGACCCAUCUUCCAACUCGAGAGCAGCUGCCCCCCGAUUCCAUUUCAGCCAAGAUCUAUACGACCGGUGUUCACUAUAGAAGAAGCCGAACGACUACUCACGUCAUUCCAGCUGAAUGUGAACUUUUGGUAUCCAACAGUCAGCAAAGCCACACUUCAAAUUCUGUUCGAGAAAAUGCAAAAUGGUUUCAUUGGCAACUCGUGUGAAGAUUGUGCUGCUUUGCUAGUACUAGCUUUAGGAGCUGCUUCGGAGCUGAUUAAACUCGUUCAUUCCAGUGUUGAGCCUCGUGGAUUUGAAUCGAGACAACAUCAGAGCGAAUUGAUGACAAUGGCCACUGUUUGUUUCGACGAGGCUAUGAAGUUGUUGAGCGUGGCGUACAUGGAAAUCAGCACCAUAUCAACACAAUGUGUUUUUCUUGCAGCGCUAUACUGUUCGUUUCUUCAACGACCUCUACAAACAUGGGGCCAUCUCAGCACAGCUGCCGCGAAAUGCCGAUCUCUUCUCGCCUAUGGAACGGGAUCUGGAAACCCGGAAGACGAAGAGUGCAUUCGUCGUAUUUUCUGGUCCUGUUACAUCAUCGAGAGCGAUUUGAUCUCAGAGUUAUCACAUCUUCCUCAAAGCGGGGUCGCCGAGGUAGAGUCCGAAGUUCCUCUACCAGGACCUCUUCAAACCCACUUCAAUGAAGCCGAAACCGAGGCUUCGGCCUUGUACUUCUUAUCCUGCAUCUCGAUUCGGCGGCUUCUGAACCGAGUUCACCAUCUACUCUACGCAGAAGAUAAGCACAAAACUUACAUUACUUCACGAGACGAUUCUUUACGAGGACUAAUCGCAGAGCUGGAUCAUCAGCUAGUCCUUUGGCGGGACACAUUGCCCGACUUUCUACGGUUCGAAGAUGAUACGAUGGAAUGUGUUAAUGAACAUGCGGCUUUCGUCCGGCAGAGAUAUCUGGCUUGCAAAAGCGUGAUCUACCGACCAUACGUCGAGAUCAUUCUCAAGCAAAUCGAUAGUGCUCAUUCGAUCGAGACGAUCGAGGGAGCUGCCCGAUGUUUGACAGCCAGCUGCAACCACAUCUCGAAUCUCAGAUCUUUUGGACAGACGGUCUUGAUCGAUACUUGGAUCUGUUCAUUAUCAAUGACGAGCACGAUGUUCAUCAUCCUUGUCUCGCUACGCACCGCUGCAUUACGACCAAGUGUCGUCCAGCACCAGAUUGCAGAUUAUGGACCCCAUCUCCAGACUUUACUCAGCGCUUGGAUUGGUGUCAUGCCGCAGAAAAGCCCGAGUAUUCAGCAGAGUAUUCGCCUCAUUGCCGAGAUUGAGAAUUUGAUUGGAGAUAGUCUGUAAUAUUGAGUGCUUGGUGGGGAAAUAGUGGGGGUGUAAUACCAAAAGAAUCAGCAUGGGUGGAAGCAAGUCCUUUGGACUCUCGGCAAUUGAAAGUAAUGGGGAAUACCCGAGACGCUGUCGAGAAAAGUGCUUCAAGCCCUAAUGGCUCAACGCCUCUGACGAAACGGAAAAUUCCCGGCUCUCAGCCCUAUAUCAUGUCCGACGCCUCAACAAACUGUCCCAGCAUAUUUAGGACGAAUCAUUCAUCGUCAAAUAUGAAAUGCGGCUGAAGUUGAUUAAAUCUCUCUGGCUGAUGUGGCUGCACAGGCCAGUCACGCCGAGUAUAUUCCGUCGAGCAAGACAUGCGUACGAAUGUAGGGCUGAGCCGCUGAGAAGAAAAA